CAACAUACAAAUCAAAUAACAAAGGUCAGAGACAAAUAAACAAUGGCAUCCACAAUAAACAGCCCGAAAACCGCCCAAAAAGCCUCAACAAGGGUAAAAUCCACCAUCCCCAGCCCACCCACCUCCACCACCAAACAAGAAGAACGCGAAUACCUCAAAACCCGCCUCGCCCUGGCCUUCCGCAUCUUUGCCAAACACGGCUUCGAAGAAGGUGUAGCGGGCCACAUCACCGUCCGCGACCCCAUCUCCCCGGCCACCUUCUGGGUGAAUCCGUUCGGGGUCGCCUUUUCCCAGAUCACGCCCGAGGACCUGAUCCAGGUCAAUCAUGAGGGGAAGGUUAUCGCCGGCGGGAAGGACGGGAGGAGGCAUCUGAAUUCGGCGGCGUUCAUGAUUCAUGGUGCGAUUCAUAGGGCAAGACCGGAUGUACUUUGUGCGGCGCAUAGCCAUAGUAUUUAUGGGAGGGCUUUUUGUGCGUUGGGGAGGGAGUUGGAUAUCAUUUCCCAGGAUGCGUGUUCGUUUUGGAAUGACCACGUGGUCUACAGACAAUUCAACGGCGUCGUCCUAGCCGAAGAAGAAGGCGAGAACAUCGCUGCAGCACUAGGGCCCAAAAAGGCCGCCUUGCUCCAAAACCACGGCUUGCUGACCGUGGGCCAAUCCAUCGAAGAGGCCGUUUACUGGUUUACUUCUCUUGAGAAGUGCUGUCAGGAGCAAUUGCUAGCUGAUGCGGCUGCUGCCGGGCGUAGGGGGGAAACUGUCAAGAUCGACGAUGUGGCGGCCGAGUUCACGUUUAGGACUGUUGUUUCGCCGCGGGGCGGCUGGUUUGCCGGGAUGCCUUUGUUUGAUGUUGCUGAGGAGGAGGUAAAGAGGGAGAAUGCCCUGAAGAAUGGCUCUUGGGCGGUUUCGGGGAGCCAUAAUGUUGUGGAUGUUGUGCUUUCUGCUGCUUUGGGGGCUUUGGUUGGGGUUUUUGCUUUGCGGUUUUUCAGAUGACACCUUUUUUGCCUUUUCCCCCUUCGUAGGCAUACAUUCUUACUGCUUCUCUGUAUCAAGGGGCUGCGGAAGCGUUCAUGCCAUGUUGUAGCACAUGGAGCAUCACGGUAGGACAUGCAGAAUCUUGAGUUGUACAAGCAGCAGUCACAGGCCACGGACGAUUGAUCCUGCUAAUGUGGGUAUCCAUCAGUUCGUGUCUUGCUGCCAAUGAUGGACACAGGCUCUAACUCACCUUUACCAAUGACUGAAAGGACUGUUG